AUGAUUCCUUAUCAUUCCAUCAUACAACCUACACUCAGGUCAGCAAAUCAAAGUAGUGGAUUCAAAGAGUCUGAAGACAAAUUUCAACAUUCCACACCUAAAUACGUUUUAAAAGUUCCCAUCCCAUCAUUAGCUACAUUACAAUAAGCACCUUAAUCAGAUAACAAAAGUAAAUCAGGACAUAAAGAGAAUAAUUUCAGUGCUAUGACAUUUGAUUAGAAGUAUUAAUUGACAAUUCAAAAAGAAAAUGGAAUCCAGAUAGCCAAGGUUCAGAUAAUAAAUAUGUAUUAUCUUAAUCAGCCAAGAAAGUCAACACUGAAAAUGAUGAUGGUUCAAGUAUAGUUGAGAAGUCAUUUACCGAAGCAGCCUAAAAGAUUUUGAAGAUAAAAAAUCUCGAAUUGGAAAAUAAGGUUUCAUUACUUGUUAUUGAAAAUGAACGUCUUACAACAUUUCUCAAUGAUUAAUUUCAAGAAAAUGAAAAAUUAACCAAUGAUCUAUAAAACUAUUAAGCAAGUCUUUAAGAUUUAUCUAAGAAUUACGAAGAUAAAUUGAAUAUAGUUUUGUUGGAAAAUGAGAAGAUUGUAGCUAUAAAUCAAACAUUGACAAUGAAAAAUGAGUAGAUGCAAAAUUAAAUAAAAAGAUUAUUAAAUGAGAAAGAUGAGGAAAUUAAUAAAACUAGAAAAGAAUGGGCAGGGAAAUACUAAUAAUAAAUUAAUUAAAUUGAUGAAAUGAGAAAAAGUGAAAUACACUAAGUAGAUAAUAGAAUUGAUAAGUUAUAAUUUGAAAAAUCAGAAUUACAAGCAUUAAUUUAAGAAUAACAAUAAAAAUUGAUGGAAUUCUAAAUUGAAAUUAAAGUCAGAGAUUCAACUUUAGCUGAUUAUGAAAAUGUUAAAGUAGAUUUAGCAUCUAAAAUUCAUAAAAUUGAAAUGAUGAGUUAAACUAUAUUAGCUUAAGAGAAGAGAAUAAAUGAUUUAGAAUCUAGAUUAGAUAUAAUGGUGGCUGAUAAUAAAUAAUUACAUGAUGUUAAUGAAUAAUUAAAUUAAACUUAAAGAAUAUUAUAAGGGACAAUGGAAGAUAGAUAGAUUGAAUUUGAUAGAGAAUCUCAUAAAUAAAAAGAUUUCUAUGAAUUGGAAUUAAGAAAUUUAAGCAAUAAAAAUAAAUAGUUAAUUGAAGAAAUCAAACUUAAACAUUAAGAAUAAUUAUAAACUUAAAGAAUUUAAAUAGAAAAUGAAUUGAUUAAAGAAUUAGAAUAAUAUAAAAUGGAAUUAGAAACAAAAUAAAAUGAAUUAAAUAAUAAUUUAUUGAUUUGGUAAGAGAAAGAGAAGAAUAUAACUUAGGAGAAUAAAAAGGAGAUAGAAAUAAAAGAUUAAAUGAUAUCUACAUUAAAAUUUUCAAAUUAAAGUUUACAAGAUUAAAUGAAUUAAUUAUAAACAUUAAUUAACAAGUAAAAUAUUUAUAUUAAUAAGAAUGUAAGAAGAUUUUGAUAGUUAAUAUAAUUAGAAAGAGACAGAAUGUGUUAAGAUGGCAAAAAAUAUACAUCUUAAAGAAUAGGCAUUAAAAUAAAUGAGUUUAAGAUUAGAUGAAAUUUGUAAAUAAUUGAAGAUCUUAGAAGAAUAAAGAGAUGAAUUAAGUUAAGAGAUGAAAAAUAAAAAUGAUAAAGUUAAAGAUCUUGAGAUGAAAUUAGAUAUUGUUGUCAAAGAUAAUGACACUUUAGAAAAUUAAUUAAAAAAUAAUUAAACUUAGGUAAUUAUUUAAAAUUAAUUUAGUUACAAUUAUUGGAAUAAAGAUAUAUUAAUUUAGAAUAGUCAAGUGAAUAAAAAAUAGAAGAUAUGAAAAUAUAAUAUUCAUUAGAAGUAUAAGCAUAAAUUGAAUAAUGUAUUACUUAAUAUUAAUAAACUAUUAAAUAUGAAUAAGAUCAUUCUGAAUAAUUAAUGAAGAAUUUAAAAAAAUAAUAAGAAAAAGCUAAACAUUUUGAAUUAUUAAGUGAAUAAUAAUUAAAUGAUAUGGAAAAAUUAAAUAAGAGAAUAGAAGAAUUAAUUGAUGUAUGUGAAUAAAAUGGAUCAAAAAUGAUGACAUUAGAGAAUCUACUUAAAGAAAGAGAUAAUGAUUAUGAUACCUUAAAUUAAAAAUUAUAAUCAAUAACUGAAAAUUAUGAAUUGUAUUUUAUUUAAAUAAUUUUUAGGUAAUUAGAUGUUUUAAAGAGAUAAAUGUAUGAUAUGGGUAUGUAAAAUGAAGAUUUGGCUUAAAAUUUGAAUUAAAAAUAAGAAACAUUUAUAAGUAUGAUUAAUUAUUGAUUUUUUAGAAUAAGAUGACUAAAGAAAGAAAAUUAUGAAUGAUUUAGCAGAAGUUACAAAAUAAAAAAUUGAUUAAGAUUAAUUAAUAAAGAAGAUGAAAGUUCAAAUUUAGAAAUUAGAUGAAGAAAAUAGAAAGAAUUCUGAUGAUUCAAUAAAAUUCAAAAAUUAAGUUUAUUAGUUAUAAUAAGAAAUUGAGGAGAUUACUAGAAGUAUGUAAUUGAAUUUUGCAGAGAAGGAACAAGAAUUAUAAAAUAAAUAUGAGAAUACAAUUAUGGAUUUAACAUAAUAGUUGAAUACAAUAACAAUGAAAUUCAAUGAUUUAGUAAGAAAGGAGAAAGACAAUAGAUUUAGAUUAAAAUUAUUGAAAAGCAAUCCUUAAAUGAAAUUACCAUCAGAAUUAGAAGAUGAAAAUUGUUAUGAAACAAUGAAAAGAAAGAUGGAAGAUUAAUCAUAAUAUCUUUAGAGAUUAAUUUUAGAAAAUGAUGAAUUAAAACAAUAACAAUAUUCUCAUAUUAGUAAAGGCUCAUUAAAUGAUUAAUAAAAGUAGAAACCUUAUAAAUAAAACAUGAAUAUUAUCAAAGAUCACACAACAUAAGAUACAGAUCGUACUGUUCGAUAAAAUGAAUAUCAAAAAGCUAUGAAUCCUUUUAAAUCAUAGCCAGUAAAAGUAGUCCCAGUAUUAUUUAUUUUGUAUAAUUAAGGUUAUGAACAAUUCUCAGAAUAUUCUUGAUUAGAGGUAUGGAAGUAAUAGGCCAAUUGAGAGAGAGGUUUACUUAGGAUAAACUCAAAAUACUAAGACGGAACCUCAUUUGUAUAGAAAAUAAUCAUUAUAACGAUUUUGA